UCGCGCGCAGUCGGCGUACAUAUCGGCAGAUAAGAAAUUAAGCGCACUAAGAAACACAGUGAAGAAAAGACGUUGUCUUUCUUUUCGCUCACUCAGCCCUGACAAAAGCCCAAGCUGAAACACCGUCGGGAAGGACCGACAGUCUCCGUCUGCGUUUCUUUAAAUCCAGCUGCUGUUCGGUGACCUGCGUUAUUCCGUACAACAGCAGCAGAUGAAAGUAGCAAUGCCUGAAAAACAUGUCUCACAAAGAAGAUAAUGAGGGGAAGAGGAGCUGUCACCGCACUGAUUUGUACGCCAACAUCCCUCGAACAUGUCUGCCUAUUGUGUACCACCCAGACUACAACAUCACUUUCAUGGGCCUUGAAAAGCUUCAUCCGUUUGAUGCGGGGAAGUGGGGGAAAGUCAUUCACUUCUUGAAAGAGGAACAGUUUAUCACUGAUGGGAACAUCGUGGAAGCCCGUGAAGCUGCUGAGGAGGAUCUGCUGGUGGUUCACACCAGACGCUACCUCAACAGAUUAAAGUGGUCUCUGGUGGUGGCAACCAUCACAGAAAUUCCACCUCUCCUGUUUCUGCCUAAUUUCCUGGUGCAGAGGAAGGUGCUAAGGCCUUUGCGGACUCAGACGGGGGGAACAAUAAUGGCAGGAAAGUUGGCUGUUGAGAGAGGGUGGGCCAUAAAUGUAGGAGGAGGCUUCCACCACUGCUCCAGUGACAGGGGAGGGGGAUUUUGUGCCUAUGCUGACAUCACUUUGGCCAUCAAGUUUCUGUUUGAGAGAGUUGAAGCCAUCUCCAGGGUGACCAUCAUUGAUCUGGAUGCUCAUCAGGGAAAUGGACACGAGCGUGACUUUUUGGAUGACAGGCGAGUGUUCAUCAUGGAUAUGUAUAAUCGCUACAUUUAUCCAGGAGAUGGAUAUGCCAAAAGAGCAAUAAAAAGGAAGGUGGAGCUGGACUGGGGCACUGAAGAUUCAGAGUACCUUCAGAAGGUUGAGCUUCACAUGGAGGGCACACUGAAUGAGGUCUUGCCUGAUGUCAUCGUUUAUAAUGCAGGGACAGACAUCUUGGAUGGGGAUCCCCUCGGAGGACUCUCCAUAUCACCACAGGGGAUUAUAAAGAGAGACGAGAUCGUGUUCAGGGCUGCGAAGCGUCGGGGCAUCCCCAUACUUAUGGUGACAUCUGGAGGAUAUCAGAAGAAAACAGCCCGCAUAAUCGCCGACUCCAUCCUGAACUUGCACCGGCAGGGUCUGAUAGGAGGUGAGGCUGUUGAGGGAGAGGGAUCAUCGUCUCUGGUGACCCACAUGAUGUGCAGCCCUGCAUCAGCUGGAUCCACAUCCACAGCCGUGUGAGGAGCAUUAAGCCUGGAGCUAACACUCACACAUGUGACUUUAAAGCACUAAGUAACUUUAUCAUGUGCUCUAACUGUGUGACAGCUGUUGUAAUGUGCAACACUCGUCUAAUUUUAGAUUUAUAACAAGAAGUUUGCACAUGUGCAACAUAAAUAUUCAUAAGCUUUGGUAAAACUUUCACACUUGUUAUCUUUACGUUUACGAAUACUCAAAGGGAAUCAUCAUUCAAAGGGGAGAAAAGCUAUCUUUAAACAACAGUGUUAUCACAGCUACAGCUCUCUUAUGCUACAAAAAUAGCCUUUAAAUUUUUAAUCAGUAGGAGAGUAAUGAGUUUUAUGUGUGAUGUGUAAUCGGGGCAGCAUGUUGGAUAGAGAUCAUCUUUAAUCUCAGGAGAUGCAAAACAUUUAAUUUGUGAAACAUGCUAUAAUAAGGUGCGGUGUACUGUAUUUACACAGACAAGUAUAUUAAUUGGGUCCCAUCUCACAUUAUAAUUUUUCAGGUGAAAAUAAAGAUAAUUUGACAUGAAAAGCGUAAUUAUCAUAAUGAGACAUAAUCUUUGGGUAACACUGACAAGAUAACAAAUUUCCUUCUUGAUUGCAAUUCUGUUCUAUCUCUUGUAGUAAACUGGUGUUUAAAUGAGUAGUGUCUUCAUUGAGAUGGUUUUUGUGCUUUGAAUCCACUCUAAUAUUUACAGUUAAUGUUUAUCACAGGUACUAAAGUGAUUUGUGCCUGUAUUUGAAAAGAUUUGAAACACUAAAACAUUUGGCUGAGCUCUCUGCUGGUGAAAGCAAAGUUCCCCGACUCUUCAGACUCCUGAAAUUCAGUGAACGUGUUCCAGUGUUUUUCUGUCGUGUUGUAGAUCAAAGUCCAAAACCCAAAAUGUUCAGUGAUUAAUGAGAAAGCCUGUACAGUGAAGUUUCCAGUGACUUUCACAUUUGAUUGGUUGUUUAUAGUUAGGCACACAGCGCUACCCUAAUGAUGUUUACACAUCCAGAAGCUGUGCAAAAGGAGACACAAAAACAGUCAGAUCAAUAUGAUUAAUGCAGCAGCUGAAACAAUAUCACUACUUCCAAAAGACACUAAAGACAUCAUCCAACACACGCUGAGUUCUGUGCAGCUGUGUGCUGGUGUAUGUGUGUGCGUAAUGAUUACUAAGCCAUUUUAUCAUGAAUCUCUGCCUAAAACAUGUAAUAACUAAAGUCUUAGUUCAUCACUGGUCUGUGAAAUCCUGAUCUUACCCUUCCUUACAAAUGUUAAAGCAGGUCACCGUGGUGGCUGCAGGUGAAGCCAGAUCAGAGUUUGCUGUAGAAACAUGUAUCAUUCAUAAUAUUUUGGGUGUCUCAUUUUCAAGGCUUUUGGUGUUGUGGUGAUGCAUUUUUUCAUGUACAUGGAUGAGAAUUUUCUUUGUGUGUGUGUGUGUGUGUGUGUGUGUGUGCUGUCUUUUUUUGCCCAUGUACCCAAAAGCAAAAAAAACCAUACAUCAAUGGAAAACAUUUUGUGAGCACUUUAUUAAUGGCCAUGGAGCUAUGUUGGCCAAAUUGCAAAAACAAAGCAUUCCAGAUGUCUGGUUGUUGGUGGUGCCAGUGUGCUAUUAGCUACAGUACCUAUUUAGACUAGCUAGUUAACUAGCCACAUGCAUGAAAACAUCAACAGAAAAAUGGCCAUAAACAUCAUGUGAAUGAGGACUCCACCCAGGUAUCCCCACUGUGGUGAAAACAUCUUUAAAAAAAAAUUUCAUCAGUUGGCGUUACAAAAAUGGUUUUUAACUUUUUGGUUAAUAAUGUCCACCCAGUUUCAUCAAAACACUGGCAUCACUGAGGAAUAUGUGGAGCUGUGCCUGAAACUUUUCAGGGCUCAGUAAAAAAAAUUACAGGACAAAGAAAAGUUUAGGCACUGCACUGACAGCGUUAAACCAUCCACCUACGCCAGUUAUGCACUCAUUCUGAUAAACACUCCGAGUGGCAACUGUCACAGCUGCAUUAGGCGCAAUAUAAGACGCGCCUUUCUCAGUGUGUUAAAUUCAGAGUGAUUUGUGGUAAACUGCCUGCCCAACACCUUAGCAGGUCACACCCGUAUGACUGAUUUAAAUACACUCCUCAACAAAAUUUUGCACUCUGAAAGGGGAACUUCCACAAAUACACAUGCAGUGAGGCAGCUGCAAAACUGACACUGUGCCUCUUUAAUAAAUCACAGUAGUAGCUUUUUAACACCAAAGGAGGUUUUGCUUCUAUAUAUUGGGACAUAGGAAAUAUUUUUCUGGAAUACUAAAUAGUUUCCUCCCACAGUCCAAAGACACACGUUAGGUUAAUUGGUUACUAAAUUGGUCGUAGGGUGGAUGUGUGGUUGUCCCUCUGUGUUACUGUUAUAACAGUAGUGCAUCCAUUUCUUUGGGGGUACAGUUUGGAUUUAGCUUUAGUGAAUUUUGAUCAUUCCCCAUUUCUAACACCAAAAAAAAACUAUAGCUAUGAAUUCAAAGGCACGUUGCUUCCUGUCUAUGAACUGUGUGACAACUAAGGCCCAAUAACAUACAAUGAAAGCAUGUCUAAGGGUGUGAGUAGUGUUACUGACACCAGACAACAACCUCAAGAAGUUGCAAAGGGAUGGGCACAUGUACACAUAUGGAACUUGCAUAGUGCACCCAGAGGUAAUGCUGGCUUCUGAAUAGCUAAAGUUACCAUGAAUGUGGUCAAUCAUAGACCCGCAUCCUCGGCUGUCUUUGUCAUUGUAUUCAAUGUUCUAGACCUGAAGUGGCAGCUGGCAGGCACUGCUGUAAUUUUCACAUUCAUUGUAUUGUGUUGCUACAGCUGUACUGUAAAAUUAAAAACAAACAAACAAACAAGCAAACAAAAAGCAAAGCUUUAUGUCUGUAGUGCAGACUUGGGAUUAUUAAAAGGAUUCAAAGGCCCAUCUUUGAAAAGCAGUGUUGGGGUACUUAUCCUGGAAGCAGUUUGGAAACACUCAAACCAAACUGUGAAAGGCGGGCCAUAUUAGUGGUGUCAGUGCUAAUUAGCUAAAGCCUUUGAUCUGGCGUGCUGCUUUUGAAUGCAGCUAAAAGGGUUAGCGCAGUCUACCUUUAAUUAGGACUCCCAAAGUAUUACUUACUGUAUGGAGGCUUGUUCUUAAUACACAAUGGCAUCCCAGCUCCCAGCUCAUCAGCUCCUUUCUGUGUCAGACAGGUUUUAUGAGUUAACUGGAUGUUAUGUGCCAAAAAUAGCACUCAAAAGCUGUACCAUAUGUUUUUGGUUGUGUGUACAUAUUGAAAAUGACAUGGCUAACAUUGAAAAUUACUUCUAUGCAUUCAUAAUGACAUUAAAUAAAUCCCUUAAUAACCAA